ACCCGGGCUCGGCGAACACGCGGAGGGGGGGAGGGGAGGCGUUGCACGUGGGGUCAGCAGAAUGGUAAUAAAUGAAGAGGGAAGGAGUGUUUAUGAGGAGACAACACAGAAAAAGAAAAAGAAAAAAUUGAAGAGCACUGGGAGGCAAACUGUCAUCAAAAUUGAAGACGACCUCCAAUCUGACACACAAGCAAAAACGAAGGUGAAGAAAAAGAAAUUCUUAGCAGAAGAGGAUUCAGAUCAGUUAAAUCUUAGUAAAAAGAAGAAAAAAGUUGGCUCCAAAUUAAAAAAAAGAGCAUAUUCUGACAGCCCUGUGACAAUAGAAAGCAAUUCAGAGUCUGAGUCGGUAAAAGAAAUAAAGGCGGAAUCUAAAGUUUUCAAAAAGAAGUCCAAGAAAGGCCAAGGUCUUUCCUUGUUACCAUUGGAGAAUAAUCAGGACAGUGAUCAAUACCUUCCAAAGAAAUACACAGUUCGUUCUCAGGAAAAUACAGUCAUUGGUAAAAAACACAGAGAGAGUAUCUCCCAGUACUCGGAGGGUGACAAUGAAGUAACCAAGAAAAAGAAGAAAAAGAAAGAGAGAGACAUUUCUUCCUUAACAGUGAUAGAAAUUCUAGACAGUGACCAUGACAUUUCUAAUAAAAACCUUAAAAAAAUAAAUAAAACCACUUUACAGGAAAAAGCACUUGCUGGUAAAAAACACAGAAAGGAUAUUGUCCAGAACUCUGCAGAAGAGAGUGAUAUAAAGAAGAAGAAGAAAAAAAAGAAAGACAAACAUGACUCCUUAACACUGGCAGGUAAUCAGCACAACAAUCACGGUGUUUCUGAGGAGAACCUUUUAACACGAGACUUCAGAAAAAAUCAAGAAACCAAUUCCCAGGAAAACACAUUCAUAAGAAAAAAACAAAAAGAGAACAUCGUCCAGAACUCUGAAAGAGAAGUAACCAAGAGGAAGAAAAAAAACAAAGAUUUUUCUUCCUUAACAUGUGAGGAUAAUCAGGACCAAAGUCAUGGAGUUUCUAAUAAACACCUUCCAAGAAAACAAAAAGCCAAGUCCCAGGAAAAAGCACUCGCUGGUAAAAAACACAGAGAGUAUUCUGAAGAUGACAGUGAAGUAACCAAGAAGAAAAAGAAAAAGAUUCAGAAGGAAGAGAAGGAAGUAACUGAGCCUGUAAACCUUGUGGAUGAAGAUGGGGAAAUAUCUGAAGGUGAAAAGAUGACACCAAUUAAAAGCAAUAGAAAGAACAAAAAAAAGAAAUCCAAACCAACGGAAGACCUUGCAGUGGAUAAUAUAGAUGAGGGACUUCGUGAAAAUAAUAAUGUGCACUGUGACAAUAAGGGUAAGAAAAGAAAUAAACAGGGAUCGCAGAACUGUGCCGAAGAGCCAAGAUUGAAAAAGAAAAAGGUUACAGUAAAAACAGAAAAUGAGGAAAUGGAAUGUAAGGAUGAUGUAACAGUGGUAGAGGAAAGGAAAGGCAACUGCGAUGAAAUAAAUAUAGACAAGGUUAGACGGCAAGCUCUGCAAGAAGAGAUUGAUAGAGAAUCUGGCAAAACGAAGGUUUUCAGAAACAAAGUGGAAUCUGAUAUAAAGUUUGGCCAGUGGAGCACAGCUACUUUUGAAAGUUCAGACCAAAAAACAAAAUUCCUUAAACUGAUGGGCGGUUUUAAAAAGGGUUCUGCCUCAAGCCAGGAUCCACCAGGAACCACAGAAAAACCAAACAUGGCUCUGAACAGGAAAGGUGAGGAAACCUUAAAGCAGACCCUGCAACUGGAGUUUGAGAAAGCAGUAAACUUGAAGCAACAUAGAGGAAUUGGCCUUGGAUUCCAGCCUAUUGCCAACAAAAAAGUGUACAUCGAUAAAUAUGUUUCUAAAUCUAUUAAAUUUGAGGACUAA